UCAUCCCUCCCUGCGCGCUUCUCCACGCCAUCCGGGACGGGCUGAACGUGUGUGUGGUGUAAACAUCUGGGCGGUAGCUAAUGAAAGGCCUCGGAUGCUGUUAGAAAUACCCCAGUAAACGCUCCGCUGACCAGAGGACUGUGUGUCUGGUUGCUAAUGGAAGCGGACGGUUUUGUACGGAGGCGGCGGAUGAGCGCGGAGACGCCGGGUGGAGAGGCCGCUGUGGCCGGCGCUUCCGCGGGAGCAGAGAUCCGGUGGCUCGGCAGCAGGUUCUGGGGUGUUUCGGAGGGUAUCGUUGGUACUCUGUCACCGCGGAUUGGAGGAGAGGCUGAGGUCACCACAGCGCAGCUCUACGGUCCCCUAGAAGUGUCAGAGAUAGCCGAGCCGGACUAUGAAGGACUGCCACAGGGCGCUUCAACCAGUACGUACAUGUUAGCCGGGGCCGUGGCUGGCAUCAUGGAGCACUGCCUCAUGUACCCCAUCGACUGCGUCAAGACCCGCAUGCAGAGCUUGCAGCCUGAGCCAGCUGCUCGCUACCGCAAUGUGAUGGACGCUCUGUGGCGCAUCGUGAGAACCGAGGGUAUCUGGAGGCCAAUCAGAGGCCUGAAUGCUACGGCUCUCGGGGCAGGGCCAGCUCACGCACUCUACUUCGCCUGCUAUGAGAAGCUAAAAAAGACCCUCAGCGAUGUCAUACACCCAGGAGCCAACAGUCAUUUGGCGAAUGGAGCUGCAGGAUGUGUGGCCACUCUGCUUCACGACGCUGUAAUGAACCCGGCUGAAGUGGUGAAGCAGAGGAUGCAGAUGUAUAACUCGCCCUACCGCGGCGUGUUGGACUGUGUGCGCUGUGUUUGGCAGCGGGAGGGUGCAGGGGCAUUCUAUCGCAGCUACACCACGCAGCUCACCAUGAAUGUGCCGUUUCAAGCACUGCAUUUCAUCACCUACGAAUACCUGCAAGAGCUGCUCAACCCCCACAGACACUACAACCCCUCCUCGCACAUGGUGUCCGGAGCCCUGGCCGGCGCCAUCGCUGCUGCUGCCACCACCCCACUGGACGUUUGCAAGACACUGCUGAACACCCAGGAGUCUCUGGCCCUACACUCAGUCAGCCAGAGCGGAGGACACAUCUCAGGCUUGGCCCAUGCCUUCAGGACAGUGUACAGGCUGGGCGGCCUGCCAGCUUAUUUCAAAGGCGUGCAAGCGCGGGUCAUCUACCAGAUGCCCUCCACCGCCAUCAGCUGGUCCGUCUACGAGUUCUUCAAGUAUGUCAUCACCAAGCACCAGCAUGAGCGGCGGAGGAGCCAGAAGGAUGGAGAGAAGUAGCCGCUUGCACGCCAGUCCACUCAGCCUUCUCUCUCUCAGCAGCUGCCCUGGCCUUGCCUCACUCACUCACUCUGUCUGUCUGUCUCUCUCUCUCUCUCUUGCGCUCUCUCUCUCCUACAUUCUCCAGCUCACUGCACCACCAACCAGAUUCACGCUGCAGAGGGACUGACCGGCUGGACAAAAGAUGAAAUAAUGAUACGCACAUAGAGAAUCCUCUCACUCGUUUGUGUUUACCUCCUAUAAGAGCAAUUUAAUACAACUUAGGGCUCCAUGUCUGAUUCAGAAAGAAGACACAAGUGAUACACUAUGCUGCAGUCUGGUCAAGAGCAGUGUAGUCUGGAAGGUGUACUUACUCAUCAAGCAACCCAAAUGUGAUUACUUCUGGUGCCACCAGAGGGCAUCAGAAGCCUCUUCUUUAAGUAGAAAGAUGCUAAUGAGAGGGAGGUCUUUUUAAUUCUGGCUGUAGUAUAGAACUCCUAAGCUGGGGAAUUUAGCCUUCACAGCCUGGCAUUUCAAAAGCUACACUAAACCACACAGAAAAGAUGUUUUCUUCUAUUGCCAUAUAUAUUUUUGAGAAUUCAGAAUAACUGAAGCUGAGGUUUUAACCAAAAUUAAAGCAUUUUUGAAAGUAAGCUUUGAAUGAACGAUCAAAGAUAGAAAGGAUAUAUGUUAGAUAUAUUUUUGUAGAAUUUGUUGGAGAUGUUUUCUUUACUUCAGAUGAGUUAAGUCACUGUUUUUGAUCCAAAGGCUGCUCUGUCAGAGUUUCAGGAUCUACUAAUAGCUGUCAUCAGUACUGAAAUCCCCUAGGCACUGUAGAGUUCAAAGAUGAGGACAAAAGCAGCUAAAAGAAACCCCUUUCCUUUCUGAUCUUCAUUACUACAACAUCUGCGAGUAAGCCAGGUUCAAACCAAUUACAAUGUUUUAGCAAUCAGAUUACUGUUCUAAAUAUUAUUUCUCAAACUUUUCCUCUUUGCACUGUUCACACUGGUGGCCAUUCAAGAGAUGUAAGUGCAGCUGACGUACCGUUACUGGAGUCAGGAUGGUAAUGGGAAGAAAUAUUUAAUAGUCUCUCAAAUAUCAGAGUUGGUUCUUGGCUCAAAUAUGUCAAAAUGGCCCCCCUGUUGCUUGGCUUGACUACACCUGAAUUUUGGUAAUUUAUGGAAUCAGUCCUACUGGCAUCUAUCUACCUUGUACCCAUAUUUCUCAGCUUUAAAUAAAAUAGCAGUGCAGUGACCACUGCCUGCAUCAGCUGGA